AUGCAACAGCAGAUGGAUUCUUAUGAUGUUAUCGCUAAUCAGCCGGUCGUUAUUGACAAUGGCUCUGGUGUGAUCAAGGCAGGUUUUGCCGGUGAUCAAGUUCCAAAAUAUAUUUUCCCAAAUUUUAUUGGAAGACCAAAACAUAUCCGCAUCAUGGCAGGAGCUUUGGAAAGUGAUAUUUUUCUUGGACCAGAAGCAGAGGAACACAGAGGCUUGCUGUCAAUUCGCUACCCCAUGGAGCAUGGUAUUGUCAGGGACUGGAAUGACAUGGAACAAAUAUGGCAGUAUAUUUAUUCAAAGGACCAGCUGCAAACCGUUUCAGAAGAGCAUCCCGUGUUGCUAACAGAGGCACCGUUGAACCCACAAAGAAAUCGAGAGAAAGCAGCUGAAAUAUUCUUUGAAACAUUCAACGUUCCAGCUUUAUUUAUUUCCAUGCAGGCAGUUUUGAGUUUGUAUGCAACAGGUCGCACAACAGGUGUAGUGCUAGAUUCUGGUGAUGGUGUGACCCAUGCUGUACCAAUCUAUGAAGGAUUUGCAAUGCCCCACAGCAUAAUGAGGGUGGACAUUGCGGGCAGGGAUGUUACUCGGUACUUACGAUUGCUCUUGAAGAAGGAAGGCUUUGAUUUCCACACAUCUGCAGAGUUUGAAGUGGUAAAACAACUCAAAGAGAGGACAUGCUACCUGUCCAUAAAUCCCCUGCGAGAGGAAAGCUUGGAAACAGAAAAAAUGCAGUAUACACUUCCAGAUGGAAAUGUGGUUGAGAUUGGGCCAGCACGAUUCCGAGCUCCAGAACUUCUCUUUAGACCAGAUUUGAUUGGUGAAGAGUGUGAAGGCAUUCAUGAGGUGUUGGCCUGCAGUAUACAAAAGUCAGACUUGGAUCUUAGGAAAACUCUUUACUCCAAUAUUGUGCUAAGUGGAGGAUCGACACUUUUCAAAGGGUUUGGUGACAGACUUCUCAGUGAAGUGAAAAAACUUUCCCCACGAGAUGUCAAACUGAGGAUAUCUGCUCCUCAAGAAAGGUUAUAUUCAACUUGGAUUGGAGGGUCCAUUCUGGCAUCUCUAGACACAUUCAGGAAGAUGUGGGUUUCCAAGCGAGAGUACCAUGAGGAAGGAGUGAAAGCCAUUCACAGGAAAACAUUUUAG